CACUACACCACCAUCACCAUGUUCAAGAUCUCGCGCCUGCCAGCAGAGACACUGCCAUACGCCGACGCCGUGCGCGCGCCCGUUGCUGCACCGAUGGAUAUCGACGACGACCUCGGCGAGGGCACCAGCCUCGGCGGACGGCGGACGGUCGUGACCCCCGGCGAGGUGAUCACGAGUUCGAAGGAGUACAUGCGAGGCCACGGAACCUACGUCGAGGACGACAACGUCGUGUCGUCGGUCGCGGGCACGAUCGAGCGCGUCAACAAGCUCAUCUCGGUCAAGGCGCUCAAGUCGCGCUAUGUUCCCGAAGUCGGUGACCUUGUCAUUGGGCGUAUUGUCGAGGUCGGCGCGCAGCGCUGGCGCGUCGAGGCGAAUGCGCGCCAGGACGCCGUGCUCAUGCUCUCGAGCGUCAACCUCCCCGGCGGUGUGCAGCGCCGCCGAGUCGAGAGCGACGCGUUGAAGAUGCGCGAGUUUUUGGCCGAGGGCGAUCUCCUCGUGGCCGAGGUCCAGGCCUUCUUCCAGGACGGCGCAAUGUCCCUGCACACCCGCUCGCUCAAGUACGGCAAGCUGCGCAACGGGCAGCUGCUGCCGCUCCCUCCGCGCCUGGUCCGCCGUCUCAAGUCGCAUUUCUACCACCUGCCGCCGCCGUGCGGCCCCGCCGGCGUAGACGUCAUCCUCGGCCUCAACGGCUAUGUCUGGGUCUCGUUGGGGACGAGCCAGGCGUCGCGCGAGGGCGGAGAGGGGUUCGACGCCGAGGGCGUGUACCGUAACGAGAAUGAUGAAAUCGACCCAGAGUCCCGCCAGGCCAUCACCGACGUCGCAAACGUCAUCACCACCCUCGCCAACCACGACGUGCCCCUCUCAGACGCCCUCAUCUCCGAGGGAUACCAGUGGCUCCGGGCCGCCGACCUCGAGCCCGGCGCCCCAAUCUCCAAGGAGGUUGGUGACAGAUUGGUAUACGAUCUUGUUCUCGCCGAUGAGUAGUAGCACUGUUGCCAUGUAUACCCCCUCCACGCUCU